CAGAAGGAAAGAAGCAAGUUUUCUUCCGAGCUUUCGAGACCCCGCUCGAGUGAACAAACUGUUCCGCACGAUUUGAAAGUAAUCCGCGUGUCAGUGUCAUCUUUCAUAUGCAAAGUGGCCCAGUCCUCUGAAGGCGGAUCUUCUUGGCAGGUUACACCGGGACGGGAAGCUCCGACCGGCUCACACGAGCUCUGCCUCCCGACGCGUCAAGUCCUGCCUCCUUUUACCGGAGGAGCGAGACGCCUCCCCGGGCUACACCGUUAUUAUUAUUAUUAUUACCAUUAUUACAUCUAUUCUCCCACGAGGAUUUGUAUCUUUCUUCUACCGCGGACGGCCGGUUUGUUCCCCGGGUGCCAUGUGAGCAGCGUGGAGGACCAGGAGGUGGACCUCGUUGACGUCGCUUUCCGCAAGUUUUUCGCUCGAUGACCUGACAUCGAAACACGCUCCGGGAGGAAAAGUGACGUGAUACGUCAGGACGGAUGAGCCAGGAGAGGGCAGUGGGGAGGGGGGGGGGCGGAAACAAGUAAGAAAUUAACCCAGGAGCACGUUACCGGUCACUUUUUGCGCUUUUUUUUUUAAAGCAUGGACCUGAACGCACGCGAACUGCAGCGAGAACACAUCCCACGGAGGGAUUUACUAAACUCUACCAAUCCGACAUGAGGAAACGCAGCGGGUAGUGCACUAAAGUUCUUUUGUCUGACGCGUAAACCAGCCAGGUUUUCAUCACUGACCCUGUGUUACUACAGUGGUGAAUUCGUUUGUUUUGUCCUUACAUCAAGAAAAGGGAGAAUGCGUUCAACUGUUAAACCCAGCUUCCUCUGUGCGCUGCUGGUCCUCUGGGGCGGCGGUGGUUCGGCCAUUAGCUCAAUAGACCCAGACUGGUCAGGAGAGGGGAGAUGUCAGCACAUCAGCAUCCCCCAGUGCAAGGACAUCGGCUACAACAUGACGCGCAUGCCAAAUCUCAUGGGCCACGAUGACCAAAAAGAAGCGGCGAUAAAGCUGCAGGAGUUUGCGACGCUGAUACAGUUUGGAUGCCACAGUCAUCUCAAAUUCUUCCUGUGCUCGCUGUACGCUCCCAUGUGCACGGAGCAGGUUUCAAACCCCAUCCCGGCCUGUAGGGUGAUGUGUGAGCAGGUAAAGCUGAAAUGCUCGCCCAUCUUGGAACAGUUUAACUUUCCCUGGCCCGACUCUCUGGACUGCUCCCGGCUGCCGACCAAAAACGACCCAAACAACCUGUGCAUGGAGGCCCCCAACAACGGCUCAGAUGAGCCUCCCAAGGUCUCCCACACCCCGCCCCCGGAUUUCCGGCCGCAGCGGCCUCUGGGCGGGCAGGGCCUGCACCUGAAGGACAGCGGCAGCAAGCGCACCUGCAGCAAUCCUGGCAAGUUCCAUUUUGUGGAGAAGAGCGAGUCCUGUGCCCCCAAAUGCUACCCCAAAGUGGACGUGUACUGGAGUCAGGGAGACAAGCAUUUUUCUCUGGUGUGGAUAGCCAUCUGGUCCAUCCUCUGCUUCGUCUCCAGCGCCUUCACCGUGCUCACUUUCCUCAUAGACCCCCAGCGAUUCAAGUACCCGGAGAGGCCGAUCAUCUUCCUCUCAAUGUCCUACUGUGUUUACUCGGUGGGCUACCUCAUCAGACUGUUUGUGGGGGCCGACAGAAUAGCCUGUGACAGAGACACUGGGGUUCAGUAUAUCAUCCAGGAGGGUCUGGAGAGCACCGGCUGCACCAUUGUCUUUCUCAUCCUGUACUAUUUUGGCAUGGCCAGCUCCCUCUGGUGGGUUAUCCUGACCCUGACGUGGUUCCUGGCUGCAGGGAAGAAGUGGGGCCACGAGGCUAUCGAGGCCAACAGCAGCUACUUCCACCUGGCGGCUUGGGCCAUCCCGGCCGUGAAGACCAUUACGAUUCUGGUGAUGAGGAAGGUGGCGGGGGAUGAGCUGACGGGCGUCUGCUAUGUGGGCAGCAUGGACGUCAAGGCGCUCACGGGCUUUGUGCUUAUUCCCCUCUCCUGCUACCUCAUCAUCGGCACCUCGUUCCUGCUCUCUGGCUUUGUGGCCCUCUUCCACAUCCGGAAGAUCAUGAAAACGGAGGGAGAGAACACAGACAAGCUUGAGAAGUUGAUGGUCCGCAUCGGGGUCUUCUCCGUGCUCUACACCGUUCCGGCCACCUGCGUCAUUGGCUGCUACUUCUACGAGAGGCUCAACAUGGACUACUGGCGCGUCGUGGCGGCGGAGCAGAAAUGCAUGGACGGCAGCGGGCCGGAGUCAGACGAGUGCGCCAUGAAGGCCUCCAUCCCCGCGGUUGAGAUCUUCAUGGUGAAGAUCUUCAUGCUGCUGGUGGUGGGCAUCACGAGCGGCAUGUGGAUCUGGACCUCAAAGACACUGCAGUCGUGGCAGAACGUGUUUAGCAGGAAGCUGAAGAAGAGGACGAGGGGGAAGGCUGCCAGUGUGUUCACCAGCAGCAGGCCUUACAUCAAACCUCACCCGUCUCUCAAAGGGCACAGUACCAAGUAUGAACCCACACGGCCCCCUCCAACCUGUGUAUAGGCUGACUCUCUUUGUACAAACCCCCAAAAUACACGUAAAAGCCUUUAGCUAAAUGAGACUUUGUAACCAGAGGGCCAUCAAGAGAAUCAAGGGUCAUGUUUUAUUUAUGGAAACCACGUUGAAGAUAAUGCAAUGUUGUUUUGUGCGUGUCUUCAGCCAUCUUGUGCAACAGAAUCUGCCUUUUGUUUGAAGAAAAAAAAGAUGUGCUACUCCUGGAUUUACUUAUCCCUCUGAGGAAAACAUCUCACUGUCUCACACAAAAGGAGUGGAAUAAACCAUUUAGAUGUGCUGUGGGGUUAACUUAAAUAAUGUGCAAUAGAUGUUUUCCUUACAGGCAAAAAAAAACCCCAACCCACUUGUACUGUACUGUUAUUGACAGAUUACAGACAAUGAAAGGACCCCCACAGACGAUGGAGGCAGACGGUCAGAGGGAUGAGUGUUGUGUUAGUGUUGGCUUUCUAAUGGAAAUCAAGGCAGUGACAUGUAUGUUUGAACCGGAGUGAGAGCAGCUUUUGAAAAGAGCUCAAGGCCUCACAGACUGCCCCAUUAUAUGUGAGGCAAAUCCAUGCCAUAAAUUAAUCAGACACUCGCUAUUGAAAAGUUGAGGUUUCCUUUUUCCUUUUUUUUUUCUUGGUGGUUUUAUAGCACAAGGAAACAUUUGUAUAUAUAUAUUUGUAAAAAAAAAAUUAUAUAGAAAUGAUAAUAAAACGUUCUAGUUUUAAAUGUUUGCUAAGCCCAAAUGUUGUGUUGCAACAGCGUUGUUAUUCCGUCUCCUGUCAGUCUUCACUUUCAUACGACCGGAUUGCUUGUGUUCGUUUCUUGAUUUGAGUUAUCUUUUUUUACUGCGGCAGGACUUGUUUUUGCUUGACGCUGUUGAGUUGGGAGGAGUCGUUUAAAGAAAAUCUAAAUCAUUAAUUUGUACGUGGGAUAUGAGAUAAGCCAGAGCUGGGUUUUUAAUGAUAUGUUUUGCUGACAGAAUAGCUUUAAAUUUAAAUCGACUGAAAAACAGAAUAGUUUAUAUGGCCAAAAGAGACCUUUUUAUUAUAGUAUUAACUGAUGGUUAUUAUUGGUUGUAUGACCAGUUAGGAUCAGAUCAUAAAUGUUGUAGAUACAUGGAAAUGGAAAUGCCAUUUUAAAUGUAAAAAAGAGAUGUAAAAAUGUUUAGUAGUUGGUUCUAAAGGCAACACACACACAGGAAGCGUUAAAAGCACGUUUCUGUUGCUGUUCUUAAUAAUAAAAGGGAACAAUGGGACAUAAAUGUUUGUCCUCCGGGUUGCGGCAUAAAAAAAAAAAAAAAGACGUCCAUGGCGUUUCUUUUUCUGUUCAGGCAAAAAAAUUACUUAAAGUUUUAUAUUUAAUAAGUUAAUAGUUUAAUAAAAAUUCAACAUAAAAUCACACUAUUCACUGGGUUUGCAUAGGGGCGUUUUGUAAUUACAACACAUGAUGAUGAAUUAUUUUUGGAACAGUGUGAUACAGUAUUACACAUAGCAGGAUAAAUGAACAUUUCAGCCAUUAUUCAUACAGAUGAAACAGGAAAGUGGUGGUCAAAAUGUCCAAUUGCAAAGCUAUAGUUAACAAUAAGGUUUUUGAUAACCUUUUUUUUAUAAUCUUAAUUUAUAUUCUUUAUG